AGCAGCGCGAAGGUGGAUGCUUUUCGCGGUCGGUCUUUCGCUUCGCCUUCGAUGCCGUGUUCGUACUCGCAGUCACGGAUGAUAUUUCACCGAAUUCUACAUGAAUAGCGAUUAUAUAUAAAAUUUAAAUCACAAGUGUUAUGAUAUUUAUUCUGAAAGUUGGUUUUAUGACUGUUUAAUAAGUGUAUGUGCUGUGGGUUGAGUUGGGUACGAUUGGCUACGGUCCCGCAUCCAAAGUGAUAUUUAGUGUGUGUCGACGAUUUAUGUGUAUAACAGGGGUGGAAAAGCAUUCCUGGACCAAUAAUAGAAGAUAGUUGAGCGUGGCGGCGAGGUAGAGGUUGGUCGCGAUGACGACCGACAUAUCGGUGUCCCGCUGGGACCCGUCCAUCGGCCACGGCCAGGAGAUCAUCGACGAGUUCGAGUACGAUGGCGGCAAUUCGUCGUCGAGGCUAUUCGAACGAUCGCGCAUUAAGGCGUUAGCAGACGAACGAGAAAGUGUACAGAAGAAAACUUUUCAAAAAUGGGUGAACUCUCACUUGGUUCGCGUCGGGUGCCGUAUCGGCGACCUGUACGUCGACAUGAGGGACGGCAAGCAGCUUAUCAAAUUGCUCGAAGUGCUCUCUGGAGAGAGAUUGCCUCGUCCAACCAAAGGCAAGAUGCGUAUCCACUGCUUGGAGAAUGUGGAUAAAGCGCUGCAGUUCUUGCGUGAACAACGAGUGCACUUGGAGAAUAUGGGAUCCCACGACAUCGUCGACGGCAACCCGAGGCUCAGUCUCGGUCUUAUUUGGACCAUCAUUUUGCGCUUCCAGAUCCAAGACAUCACAAUCGAAGAAACCGACAACAAAGAGACAAAGUCCGCUAAGGACGCUUUACUGCUGUGGUGUCAAAUGAAGACGGCCGGCUACAACAACGUCAAUGUACGCAACUUCACGACCUCUUGGCGCGACGGGUUGGCCUUCAACGCCAUCAUACACAAACACAGGCCCGACCUCAUUCAGUUCGACAAGUUGCAUAGAAGCAAUCCUAUGCAUAACCUGAACAAUGCUUUCAAUGUCGCUGAAGAGAAACUUGGACUUACUAAGCUAUUGGAUGCUGAAGACAUCGCUGUCGACCACCCCGACGAGAAGUCAAUCAUCACAUACGUGGUGACGUACUACCACUACUUCAGCAAGAUGAAGCAGGAGACGGUGCAAGGCAAGAGGAUCGGCAAGGUGGUCGGCAUUGCUAUGGAGAACGACAAAAUGAUGCAGGAGUAUGAGUCGCUUACCAGCGAUCUCCUGCAAUGGAUCGAGCGAACGAUCGAAGCGCUCGGCGACCGAACAUUCGCGAACUCUCUCGAGGGCGUACGUCAGCAACUCAUACAGUUCGCUAACUACCGCACUGUGGAGAAACCACCUAAGUUCGUCGAAAAAGGCAACUUGGAAGUGCUACUUUUCACGCUACAGUCGCGUAUGCGAGCGGCCAAUCAGAAGCCGUACACGCCGCGCGAGGGCAAGAUGAUACACGACAUCAACCGCGCCUGGGAGAGGCUCGAGAAGUCAGAACACGAGAGGGAACUGGCCCUCAGAGAGGAGCUGAUCAGACAAGAGAAGCUUGAACAGCUUGCUGCUAGAUUCAACCGCAAAGCACAGAUGCGAGAGACCUGGCUAUCGGAGAACCAGCGCUUGGUCAGCCAAGACAACUUCGGUUUCGAUCUCGCAGCAGUGGAGGCGGCCGCUAAGAAACAUGAAGCUAUUGAGACAGAUAUCUUCGCGUACGAAGAGCGAGUGCAAGCCGUUGUGGCUGUGUGCUCCGAGUUGCAGGGAGAAAGGUACCACGACAUGGAACGUGUUUCGGCGCGGCGUGACAACGUGCUGCGGCUGUGGGCCUACCUGCUCGAGCUGCUCCGCGCCCGCCGCGCCCGCCUCGAGCUCUCGCUGCAGCUGCAGCAGAACUUCCAGGAGAUGCUAUACAUCCUGGACUCCAUGGAAGAGAUCAAGAUGCGUCUUCUAACAGACGACUAUGGCAAGCAUCUGAUGGGCGUCGAAGAUCUACUGCAGAAGCAUGCUCUCGUCGAGGCCGACAUCAACGUGCUCGGCGAGAGGGUUAAGGUGGUAGUGGGUCAAUCUCAGCGCUUCUUGGAACAAGAAGAGGGUGGUUACCGUCCCUGCGACCCCGCCAUCACGGUUGAGCGUAUCCAACAGCUCGAGAAUGCUUACGCUGAGUUGGUGCAUCUUGCUGUUGAACGCAGAAAGCGUCUGGAGGACAGCCGUAAGCUGUGGCAGUUCUACUGGGACAUGGCUGAUGAGGAGAACUGGAUCAAGGAGAAGGAGCAGAUUGUCUCCGUUGAUGACAUCGGACAUGAUCUUACUACCGUGUACCUGCUAAUAUCGAAACACAAGGCGUUGGAAGCAGACGUGCAAGCUCACGAACCGCAGCUGAUGAGUGUGGCCGCUGUGGGAGACGAACUCAUCUCUCAGGGACACUUCGGUGCUGACAGGAUUCAGGACCGUCUCCGCGACAUCCUAUCUCAAUGGAACCACCUGUUGGACAUGGUGUCUCUACGCAAGAAUCGCUUGGACGCCGCCGUGCGUUACCACCAACUGUUCGCCGACGCUGACGAUAUCGACAACUGGAUGCUGGAUACUCUUAGAUUGGUAUCAUCGGAGGACACUGGAGUCGACGAGGCUCAAGUGCAGAGCUUGCUGAAGAAACACAAGGACGUUACCGACGAGCUCAAGAACUACGCCAAUGUUAUUCAGCAGCUCAAACAACAGGCGGCCGAGCUAAGUCCAUCAGACGCUUCAAGCGCGGAAGUAGUAGCCCGCCUGGGCGCAGUCGACGCUCGUCACGGCGAGCUGGCCGAGCUAGCGCGGCUCCGCAAGCAGCGCCUGCUGGACGCGCUGUCGCUGUUCAAGCUGCUGGCUGAGGCCGACGCUGCUGACCAGUGGAUCGCAGAGAAGGACCGCAUGCUCGAUACUAUGCUGCCGCCUAAAGAUAUUGAUGAUGUUGAGAUUAUGAAGCAUAGAUACGACGGUUUCGACAAGGAGAUGAACGCGAAUGCUUCUCGAGUAGCCGUGGUGAACCAGCUGGCGCGACAGCUGAUCCACGUGGAGCAUCCUCAGGCCGCGCGCAUACAGGAGCGACAGGCCACGCUCAACGCAGCAUGGAGUGCGCUCAGGGAGAAGGCGGAAUCUAAGAAGGACGACCUUAAGUCGGCCCAAGGAGUGCAGACAUUCCACAUCGAGUGUCGCGAGACCGUCUCCUGGAUCGAAGACAAGAAGAGGAUCCUUCAGCAGACCGACAACUUGGAGAUGGAUCUCAACGGUGUGAUGACUCUACAACGUCGUCUAUCUGGCAUGGAGCGUGACCUAGCCGCCAUCCAGGCUCGCAUCUCUUCCCUGGAGAGUGAAGCCAGCGCCAUCGAAGGCGACCAUCCCGAGGAGGCUCAGCUCAUCCGCGACCGUGUCACCAUGAUCACUGAGAACUGGGAACAACUUACGCAGAUGCUCAAAGAGCGCGAUGCUAAACUGGAAGAGGCCGGCGACCUGCACCGCUUCCUGCGCUCCGUGGAUCACUUCCAGGCCUGGCUCACCAAGACACAGACCGAUGUCGCUUCAGAAGAUACGCCGUCGAACUUGGCGGAGGCAGAGAAGCUUCUGUCUCAGCACCAGACCAUUAAGGAAGAGAUUGACAACUACAAGGACGAAUACGCCAAGAUGAUGGAGUACGGAGAGAAGAUUACUGCCGAGCCAUCAACACAAGACGAUCCUCAGUACAUGUUCCUACGCGAGCGGCUGAAGGCGUUACGCGAGGGCUGGGCCGAGUUGCAGCAGAUGUGGGAGAACAGGCAACAGUUGCUGACGCAGAGCCUCGAGCUGCAACUGUUGCAGCGCGACGCCAGGCAGGCUGAGGUCUUGCUGUCCCACCAGGAACAUCGCCUGGCUAAGGUGGAGCCGCCCGCCAACCUGGAGCACGCUGAGAACAUGAUCAAGGAGCACGAAGCCUUCCUCACCACCAUGGAGGCCAACGACGACAAGAUCAACUCCGUGGUGCAGUUCGCCAACCGCCUGGUGGAGGAGCGGCACUUCGACGCCGACAAGAUCCAGCGCAAGGCCGACAACAUCGACGCCCGCCGCAACGCCAACCGCGAGAAGGCGCUGCAGCAGAUGGAGAAGCUGCAGGACCAGCUGCAGCUGCACCAGUUCCUGCAGGACUGCGACGAGCUCGCCGAGUGGGUGCAGGAGAAGAACGUCACCGCGCAGGACGACACCUACCGCUCCGCCAAGACCAUCCACUCCAAGUGGACUCGCCAUCAGGCCUUCGAAGCAGAGAUCGCGGCUAACAAGGAACGCCUGUUCGCCGUACAGAACGCUGCCGAGGAACUCAUGAAGCAGAAACCUGAAUUCGUCGAGAUCAUCUCGCCAAAGAUGAGCGAACUACAAGAUCAGUUCGAAAACCUGCAAACCACCACCAAGGAGAAGGGAGAACGCCUAUUCGACGCCAACCGCGAGGUUCUUCUGCACCAGACCUGCGACGACAUCGACUCGUGGAUGAACGAACUCGAGAAACAAAUCGAGAACACCGACACCGGCACUGAUCUGGCAUCUGUGAACAUUCUCAUGCAGAAGCAACAGAUGAUCGAGACACAGAUGGCCGUUAAAGCCAAACAGGUCACCGAACUGGAGACCCAGGCUGAAUACUUGCAGAAGACCGUCCCAGACAAGAUGGACGAGAUCAAAGAGAAGAAGAAGUCAGUGGAACAGAGGUUCGAGCAGUUGAAGGCGCCGUUGUUGGACCGCCAGCGUCACCUGGCUAAGAAGAAGGAAGCCUUCCAAUUCCGUCGCGACGUGGAGGAUGAGAAACUUUGGGUGCACGAGAAGAUGCCUCUAGCUACCAGCACCGACUACGGCAACUCUCUGUUCAACGUGCAGAUGUUGCAGAAGAAGAACCAGUCGCUGAAGACUGAGACUGACAACCACGAGCCCAGGAUCCUGACUGUCAUCUCUAACGGACAGAAGUUGAUUGAUGAGGGACACGAGGAUACGCCCGAGUUCAAACAGCUUAUUGACGAACUUACCGCGAGGUGGCGAGAACUGAAGGAUGCCAUCGAUGAACGCAAGAACAAACUGUCCCAAUGGGAGAAGGCGCAGCAAUACCUAUUCGACGCCAACGAAGCUGAAGCCUGGAUGAGUGAACAGGAGUUAUACAUGAUGGUGGAAGACCGGGGCAAGGACGAGAUCUCUGCGCAGAACCUGAUGAAGAAACACGAGAUCUUGGAGCAGGCGGUCGAUGAUUACGCUCAUACUAUCAGACAGCUUGGAGAGACUGUCAGACAUUUGACUGCUGAUGAACAUCCGCUUAGCGAGCAGAUCUCCGUCAAGCAAUCUCAAGUGGACAAACUGUACGCUGGUCUGAAGGACUUGGCGGGCGAACGUCGCGCCAAGCUCGACGAGGCGCUGCGACUCUUCCAACUGUCACGAGAGGUCGAUGACCUGGAGCAAUGGAUCACUGAGAGGGAACUCGUCGCCAGCUCCCAGGAGUUGGGACAGGAUUACGAUCAUGUUACUCUGCUCUGGGAGCGUUUCAAGGAGUUCGCCCGCGAGACGCAGGCGGUGGGCUCGGAGCGCGUGGCCACGGCCGAGCGCAUCGCCGACCAGAUGAUCGCCAUGGGCCACUCCGACAACGCCACCAUCGCGCAGUGGAAGGAGGGGCUCAAGGAGACCUGGCAGGACCUGCUCGAGCUCAUCGAGACCAGGACACAGAUGUUGGCGGCAUCCCGCGAGCUGCACAAGUACUUCCACGACUGCAAGGACACGCUGCAGCGCGUGAACGAGAAGGCUCGCGGCGUCAGCGACGAGCUCGGCCGCGACGCCAUCAGCGUCGGCGCCCUGCAGCGCAAGCACCACAACUUCAUGCAGGACCUCAGCACUCUGCACCAGCAGGUGGAAGCCAUCCGCAGCGAAUGUGGCCGCCUGGGCGCGAUGUACGCGGGCGAGAAGGCCGCGGAGAUCACGCGGCGCGAGGAGGAAGUCCGCGGCGCCUGGGCCGCGCUGUCCGCCGCCUGCGCCGCCCGCACCGCCAAGUUGGAGGACGCGGACCAUCUCUACCGGUUCCUCAACCAAGUCAGGACUCUCACCUUGUGGAUGGAUGAUGUGGUCAGGCAGAUGAAUACUGGAGAGAAGCCACGUGACGUCAGCGGCGUAGAACUGCUAAUGAACAACCACCAGUCUCUCAAAGCCGAGAUCGAUACUCGCGAAGAUAAUUUCUCAGCGUGCAUCUCUCUGGGUCGCGAGUUGUUAGCCCGACAGCACUACGCGUCCGCCGACAUCAAGGAGAAACUACUUCAGCUGACCAACCAGCGCAAUGCCUUGUUACGCCGCUGGGAAGAACGCUGGGAGAAUCUGCAGCUCAUUCUGGAGGUGUACCAGUUCGCCCGCGACGCGGCGGUCGCCGAAGCGUGGCUGAUAGCCCAGGAGCCGUACCUCAUGUCUCAGGAACUCGGUCACACCAUCGACGAAGUGGAGUCACUUAUAAAGAAGCACGAAGCCUUCGAGAAAUCCGCCGCCGCACAAGAAGACCGAUUCUCUGCACUACAGAGGCUCACUACCUUCGAAGUGAAGGAGAGGAAGCGAAGGCAGGAAGCCGCGGAGGCCGCAGAACGCGAGCAGCGCGAGAGAGAAGCCGCCGAGGCCGCGGCCGCCGCCGCCGCCGCGCAGGACGCCGUCGACCGCGCGCAGACGCCGCAGGAACAACAACCUCAAGAUGUAACGCAUGCAGAGUUGCGCGAGGCGUCCCCCGCCUCGUCCCCCGCCCCGGCCGCGGCUCCCGCCACCGAGCCCGACUCCCCGCCCCGACCCUCCACGUCUAAACAGACGCCCGCCAAACCUGCACGCCUGUCCACUCCCGGCACGAGCUCGACGCCGGCCACGCCGUCUAGUUCCGGUAAGGUGAAGUCGCGGUCACGAAGCAAGUCGCCCUUCAGGAGUUUCCGAUGGCGCACGGCGAAGAAACUGCUGUCCGGAACUCAUCAUAGCGACGACGAAGAGGGCGCUAGUCCCGCGAGUGAAGACGAAGGCGUAGAGGGGACGUUGGUGCGCAAACACGAGUGGGAGUCCGCCGCCAAACGAGCAUCCAACAGAUCAUGGGACAAAGUGUAUGUGGUGGCGAAGGACGGGCGCAUGUCGUUCUACAAGGACCAGAAGGCAUACAAGGCGGCGCCCGACGCGCACUGGCGCGGCGAAGCGCCUCUCGACCUCAACGGCGCCGUCGUCGAAGUGGCCGCCAACUACACUAAGAAGAAGCACGUUUUCCGUCUCAGACUGAGCAGCGGCGCGGAGUUCCUGCUGCAGGCGCACGACGAGGCGGAGAUGGCGUGGUGGCUGGACGGGCUGCGCGCGCGGGCCGCGGCGCCCGCCCCGCGCUCGCACACGCUGCCCGCGCCCGCCAACACCGAGCCCAAGCGCCGCUCCUUCUUCACGCUCAAGAAAAAGUCAGUCACCCUCCUCUCUCAGCUAUACGCCCCGUAGCGUGCACCUAAACAGUUGAGGAGCGUGUGGGUGCGGGCGCCAGUUUCCUCAUUACGCUGCGGGGCGGCCUCGCGCCGCGUGCAGUGCGCGACGCGCGGCCGACGCGUCGCUCGCGUGUGGCGCACGCGUGGCGCACGUGAGGCACGCGGUGCCGACGGCCGCCGCGCAUUUCUCACGACGCUUGCAGCUGUAAGCUUUGCUAAUGACGAAAUAUUGUCGACUCGCGGCACUAUCGACCGUCGAUACGGUCCAUGUUAUUAUUAUUAAUAUUAUUUUUUUGUUGCGUACGAAACGUUAUUUGAGACUGUUCGGUAUCUGAGUGUUCGAUCGUUCGCCCUCGUAAACCGUAUUUAUUGUUCGAUAUUCGUAUCGAAGAUUGAAGAUAUUAUAGUAGAUUUUAUCCAGGUAUGUACGAUCCCACCCCUCGAAAGUGUAAUUGUUAUGAUAUGAAACGAUUAUGAUUAAAUAAAAUACAUAUUAUUAUUAUAAAAUUCUAAAUGCGUCGCUAUUUAUACAUAGAUGAUUUUAGUGUUUAAAUUCAGAUUGAGAAUAUAUAUAUUUUAAUUAUUUAUAUUGAAAAUGGAGCUAGUGUAAUGUAAAUUCAGUUGAACUAGAAAUGUAUGUCGUGCGAUUUACUAAUGAUUCAAAUUUAAAUAAUUAAAGAGUUAAUCUAUGACCAAUGUAAUACCAAUCGACGGAAUUUGACUAUCGCAUUUGAUAAUGUUUAACUUAGCUAGACGACGGAGGAUUGUAACCGCAUUUACAUUCAAUAGACGAUUUCCCAGUGGAUUGAUGUUUUACUAAUUGUAUCGACAGCUUUGCUACGUUUGGAGCAAUUCGACAUAAUGUAACGUAAGCUACGUACAUAAAUUGUAUUAGAUUUAAUUUCCAUUAUAAAGUGUCUUCUCUUCGACUGUUGGUCGCCGCUGUCCGCUUACAAAUGCCGCAUUUAAAGUAAAUAUUAUCAGAUUUCCUUAGAUUGUCGUUGUUAGCGAGGGGCGAGUAGAUGAUAGUAUAGUCGGUAACUCGGUACUGCGUAGAGAGCGGGCGUCGGCGACCAGUCGUCAUAUAGUAAUCCAAGUUGUAAGUAUGCUUGAUCGCCUCAUAAGUGCUUCUAUGAAAUGACGUAUUUCUAUUAUGAACAUUAAUUUUGUAAUGAUUAUUUUUACUGCCAAUUUCACAAAUAAUAAUUAAUUUUUAUAAGUAAUUAUAACUAAAUUUCACAUUUCAUAAUAUUACGUACACACAUUUUUAGUUCUAUUCGUGUUAUGGUUAUUGUAUAUUUGGCGAGUGUGGUGGUGUUCGCAAGAUGUCCGUUGUGUCGUCGAACUACUGCCACAUUGAUCACUGCAUGUUUCGUAAACCUAUGUUUAUACUUAUUUUAUUUUAAAGAACUUUAUUGAUGAGAAUAUAAAAUAAAUGAUGUUUUCAAAGAA